AGUUAUCGUAUUCAACAUGGCGGAUCACUGGGUGGCAGAAGUUUUUCCUCCAAAAUUCCAGUUUGGAAGCGUAGAUGAAUUGCUGAAAAGCCCAGAAGAAGGCGAGAAAAGUUCAGAAAAGCUUGAAUAUCUCGAUGACGUUUAUAGGAGAGUUUAUUUCGAGGAGCAAAGGGCGAAAACAUCUACUGAUGAAGACGUCCAAGUUCUUGUGGAGCGACUGGAAAAGAGUCGACAAAUCGUUUCAAAACAGAAGAAACGACAGAGCAAACCGAAGCGUAAGGACCAAGAUGAGUGUAUCUGGAAUGAAAAUGAGCUGCAAACUUUGCGUAGAUUUCUACAGAAAGCUAAAAUGCAAAAUCUCAAGCUCGCCGCCAUGUUAGAAUCGGCACAAGAGGAGAUUCAUUCUUGGAAGGGAAAGUUUAAAGACGUCGCUGAAUCAGAGAGAGCUGUCAAAUGCAACUUAGGAGUAUUGAAAAAGAAAUAUGAGAGGUUAAAAGUUAACUACAGAGCACUCAAAGAAGAUUUGAGAAGAUAUCACGCUAACUUGAAAAUUUCUCGGGAGGAACGUAAGCAAUUAGAAAUUGAAAGAGAUGAAACAGAGAAUUUGCUCAAACAAACGCAAGCAGAAUUGAAUCAAGAGAAGCUCAACAAGAUACAUCUCCAAUUUAAGCUUGAUAAAAUGGAAAAAGAAAAAGAGGAAAAUUUUAAAAGUUAUGAGGAUUUUAUAACACAACAGCAUUUGCUUGAAAUUAAAAAGUUACAGAAAGAAAUCAACAGGUUGAGAAGUGAGUUUGAAAAGGAAAAACAUGAUAAUGAUUUGAACAAGAGAGCUCUGGAGCACCUCAGGAGCCAUUUUGCCAAUUUGAUGGUUAAUCAGGAGAUUAAGAAUGGUAAUAAUAUGGUGGAAAAUAUUCUGAGUGUAAUUGACAUUGAUUACCUACCUGAAUGACCAAAUUUUUUAAUUACUUUGAUCAUAGAUGGGACCUCUUAAAGUAGGAUCAGUAGGGUAUCCUGACCCACCUUGUCUAUAUCUGACAUCUUACAACAUGGAACUCUGCAGACCUGGUUUUAUCAUCAUAGAAUUUGUUUAAUUUUUUACUAUUCUCUGUUAAAACUCUCCUCCUUGAAUAGAGUGUAGAGCUCUCAGGAGGUGUAAUACUCUGGCAAAUUGCAAAGGAGAAAGUGUGAGGACCUUUCUGAGUUUGGAACAUUUUUUUCAACCAGUUAAUUUGGAUACUUAUGUAAUGAUGUUGCUCGUAUUGGCUCCAUGCUUUUGUCCAUGAUUUUUCUCCUUAUUAAACCCGUCACAUAUAUAUUACAUAACUUAAGCAUCAAACCUCUUGGACAAAGGAAUAUAUAUAUUUUUUGGUAUUUACAGUUUGCCAUGGUUUUGUCGAUUAGUAUUACCUGGUUGGAUGUUGUCAGGAUAAUUGACUUGAAUUGAUUGGACAAUUUCAGCCAAACCAUUCCCAGGUCAAAGCAUAAAAACAAAGGGGUUUGGGACUCUUAUUUAUUGACAGGCUUCUGGGAAUAUGCAUUUGCACCUGGAUUGAUUAUAACUUGUUUUCAUUUUCAUUGACUUCCUAAAAAUAGUUAUAAAUUUUCAUCCCAAC